AGCACCUUGAGCACAGUCAGUUUCACGGUUGCCAGUCUAGUCAGUUUCCCCUGUUGUCUGUGGGGGUUUUGCACACAGCAGUGGGCGAGGGAGGGAGAAACAUUUUAAAAAAUAGGAACAUGUGAUUUUAAACCCACACACAUUGGCAGGAGGACUUGGGCAGGUGUGAGAUCUGAAACUAUUACUCAUUCUUUUAAAAGUGACUAGCUUUAAUUGGUGUCACUGUACACUCCCGGGUUAUAGUUAUCUGCUACGAGCACCUGCCAGAGACCAGGGUCCUAUCUGAGUGGAGACAGUCGAUAUCGAAAAUGAAAGCAGUGAUGUUGAACUGGACAUGCACACUCUGCAAGGGGGAAUAACACUGACAGACUGUUUGCAAAGCUGGGUGUGCCAUGCUGGAGGAGGCUGCGGGUGGAAGACACCCACAGCCCUCUAGGGAGGGGGAUAGAGAGGGGUACACCAGGGCUCCAUGCCCCUGGAACUGGACAAGCCCUCUCAGAGCCAAGCAGAUGGUGUGACGGGAGCGGGGGAAGCGGGAAGAAGAUCUCCAGAACACACAGAGGCUGUGUGGCUUCUCAUCUGCUUCCGUGAGAGACAACCGGACGACCAUCCAGCUGACGAGUGUAAAGCAGCGAUGAGAAUUGGUCCCCGGCCAGCUACUGAGCACAGAGUGUGGAGGCCGGGCCUCUGCAUAUUCCCUGCCUUCCUGCUCCCAGCAGCACUGAUCCUCUUUCUCGGCCCCAGCGGCAAUGCCUCCGCUUCUGCUCCAUUGUCGUUCCCAGAGGUGCGGUUGGUCAAUGGGCGCAACCGGUGCCAGGGGCGCGUGGAGAUCCUCUACAAUGGCUCCUGGGGGACGGUGUGUGACGAUGACUGGGACCUAGUGGACGCCAAUGUGGUGUGCCGCCAGCUGGGCUGUGGCCAUGCCCUCGCCAUGCCAGCCACCCUGACCUUCGGCCACGGGCGGGGGCCCAUCUUCCUGGACAACGUGGACUGCCGAGGGAGGGAGGUGGCCCUGAGUGAGUGCGGGAGCCGUGGCUGGGGCAUCCACAACUGUUACCACUAUGAGGAUGUGGCCGUCACGUGUAACGAGCUCUCCCCAACCCGGGCAAGCAAAGGACCGACAAGCAGAACCGCCACAGCCUCCCUGCAGAACGGGAAGAGUGAUGGCAACAUUCGGCUGGUGAGCGGCGCCGACCCCUGCCGGGGCAGGGUGGAGAUAUUCUACCAAGGGACCUGGGGCACGGUGUGUGACGACGACUGGGGCAUGAGCGACACCAGUGUGGUGUGCAGGCAGGUGGGCUGUGGCCGCGCCGUGGCACACAAGAGCAACGCCUACUUCGGCUACGGCACGGGGCGCAUCCUGCUGGACAACGUGAACUGCGAGGGCAGUGAGCCCCGCCUCUCGGCCUGCUACAGCCUGGGCUGGGGGAUCCACAACUGCGGACAUCACGAGGACGCGGGGGUCAUCUGCACAGGGCUGCGGGUUUCAACGGGGGCACCAUUCACCACCUUGGCUGGCCGGGACUACGGAGAGUCAUUCACCGACACUGCCACAGUCACGGAUGCCAGAGAUCAGCCCUCGCCGGAGACUGAAGUGAUCACCGUGGCCCUUCUGGCUGCAGGCAAGAGCAGUGGCAGCAUCAGGCUGGUGAACGGGAACAACAGCUGCCAGGGCCGGGUGGAGGUUCUGUACCGCGGCACCUGGGGCACGGUGUGUGACGACGACUGGGGUUUCACCAACGCCCAGGUGGUCUGCCGGCAGAUGGGCUGCGGGGUGGCUGUUGCGGCCACCAUCCUGGGCUAUUUUGGUUACGGCACUGGGCCCGUCCUUCUGGACAAUGUGGAUUGUGCCGGCCGGGAGGCUGACCUGGCGAAUUGCUUUCAUCUGGGCUGGGGGCAGCACAACUGUGGGCACCAUGAGGAUGCUGGCGUCAUCUGCAGAGGUGUGGAUGAGUCCGGAGACCCUUUCAGAGAAGAUAUUUCUGCGACCACCACCUCAGCCACAACUCGUCCCAAGGACGGAUUCCUGCGCCUCGUGAACGGCAGCCAUCGCUGCGAGGGCCGCGUGGAGAUGUUCUACCUGUCCCAGUGGGGGACCGUGUGCGACGACGCCUGGGACCUCCGGGACGUCACGGUGGUGUGCCGGCAGCUGGGCUGCGAGGGCGCCCUGGCAGCCUGGGGGGAGGCGCGCUACGGCCCAGGCACCGGCUACAUCUUCCUCGACAAUCUCAAGUGCAAAGGCGACGAGCCCUCCCUGCUGCGCUGCUCCCACAUCCGCUGGAACGUGCACAACUGCGACCACUCGGAAGAUGCUGGUGCCCUCUGCGGGCUGCUAUGACUGGCUGUGUGCCCAUGGCCACCCAGAGACACACGGACCAACGCCGGCCCAAACCGUGGGGAAUUCCAGAUGCCAGUGACACCUGGCACAGGGCAGGUGGGCCAGCUGGUGCACCUAUGGCACUGAAGUCUGUGGGAGAGGAACACCCGUGUGACCUGGCCAUCGCUGUAUAUAGCAUGUCUGUAACAGGCAUGGAAACCCUAUUCUCGCUGCCAUGCCCAGCAGGUCCCACCCCACCCCAGGGGCACUGGCGAGUGCUACUUGGACAAGUGCCAGAGCCUCCUGCCUGGCCCAUUACCCACGAGGCACAGAGCAGAACUCCAGCCGCUCAUGGGCAUCUCUGCAAACUCUCUGGCAAGGGAAGUUUUUGUCCCAAGAAAAACCCCAGAACGGAAGAAAAGCAAGAAGGAACAUCGCUGCCCCGCAGCGUCUCUCUUGGAGAAAUGGCAGAGACACACAGACCCAAGAAGCAGAGCCCAUGGAGAAGGCAGAGAACUCUGGUGCCAACCUAGCAUUGCUCGACUCUAUGGAGAGUCACUGGCCUUGGGAGCUGGAACGGGCUAUUCUUCAGGGUCGCUGGAGCUCAGAUACUAGCUGUGGCCAGCUCUCAUCCAGCCCACGGUGAUAGUAACCAAGGGUCACAUUUUCAUAUGUGCCCGUGUCCCAUUUUCCAAAGUGACAUAGAACCAGAUCCUCAGACGUAUUUA